GAACCCAAAGUAUCCAGUGGAAUGUAAGUUAAUGUGGAACACUAGAGAGUAUUCAAGUUUCCAUUCCUCAACCUUAACCUCAACAUAAAGUUCGACGGUCAUCGACUUCAGCGGCAAGUUACAGCAAAGGAGAGAGGAUUACACAUAGAAAACGAGAAAUUUCAUAAAUUAUUUCCACGGUUACUAUGGAAACAUCCGGAGUACAAACACAACAUCACUGGAGUUGGGAGCUCGGUAGAUGAAGCAGGAUAUCUCUUAUCCAGGAUGCACGACUGCAAGAAAAGACGGUGUAUCUGAAGGAACUACGUCGCCAUCUCCACAAAGCAGAGACUAUGCAAGUGAAGUGAGGUGCAAAUUAUCAGUCCGUCGUCAACUGGAUGCUGAGGCGAUUCUACAAGUCCGUCACCAGGAUAGAUUAUUCUGAUUACAUAAUUCGGAUGAAUGCGUCCUCUGAGGUGACGACAUAAGUACAAAAUCUGGAUCCUAAUUGAUUUGAAGAUUACCGACCAGUCCAAGAUACUUCUUCAGGAUGUCCUUCUCAGCAACCAAAGAAAAGCUCCAAGAAGCCACGCAGAGAAAACAGAGCGAAGUGAAAGCCACCCUGAACAGACUCGAGGGCGCCCUGAGCGAGGGCGGGGAGCUCCUGACGGAGGAGAGGCUGGCCAUCUUGGCCCUUUCUCCCGACGUCCUUCUUCAGCAGCUCAAGGCAGGACAGCUGAUGCCGUCUGCUGUCCUACGCGCCUUCCAAGCAAAGGCCAUCGUCGUAACGUACCGAAUUAACUGUGUCACAGAAUUCAUACCGCAGGCAGAGACGUGGGCGUCAGCGCUCGAGGUGAAGGGUCCAAAUUCGGGGUCUCUCCCCCUGUACGGGCUGCCAGUAAGUAUCAAAGACAACUUCCAGGUCCAAGGCCUCGAUACCAGCCAUGGCCUGGCUAAAUACCUGUACCAGUCUGCGCCCUGCCAUUCGACGCUUGUCCAGUCGCUGUUGGCUCUGGGGGCCAUCCCUUUCUGCAAGACCAAUAUUCCCCAAACUCUUCUGAGCUAUCGGUGCAGCAAUCCCGUGUGGGGCGAGACGGUCAACCCCUUUAAUCCACAGAGGACGUGUGGCGGGUCGUCGGGUGGCGAAGCAGCUCUCAUAGGCGCGGGAGGGUCGAUGCUCGGGCUGGGAUCGGAUACGGGAGGCAGCAUCAGAAUUCCAGCUCACUUCUGCGGCGUCGUGGGCAUCAAACCCACCAGUGGAAGACUCAGUUCCAAGGGCCUUAGGAAAGGCGUCAGGGGCAUCGUUGGAAUUGAGAGUGCUCCAGGCUUCUUAGGGAGCGACGUCUCCAUCGUGGUGACUGCCCUCCGCUCCGUGCUGGAAGGAGGACCCAUGAUGGAGCUUGACCCUGAAUUACCACCACUUUCUUGGAGGCAUCACAUCUUUAAUGACAUUCGUCCUCUCACUAUUGGCUGGUACGAGGACGACAACUUAUUCCCAGUAACCCCCGGCUGCCGACGAGCCGUGUUCGAAGCCCGGCAGGCUUUGGCAGCAGCGGGGCAUAACAUGGUGCCGUUCACCCCUCCGGCAGUUGACCACGCGUGGAAGUUGAUCACGUCCUGCUUCAGCGCAGAUCAGGGCCGCAACGUCAUCUCCAUGUGGGAGAACGAGGAGACGGAGAGCACCAUGGAGGACAACCUGAGGCUGCUGGCAGCUCCUCGCUUCGUCAAGGCGGUGAAGAAGCACAUGAUUCACAGGAAGUCUCCCCUCCUCGCCGAACUUCUGUCUAGUGGAACAGCAAGAUCACAUCAGCUAUGGCGAGCCUUGGGAGACAGACAGGACUACAUCAACGACGUCCUAAAUUCCUGGAAGUCGCAACAUUUAGACAUCGUUCUGUGUCCGGCAUUUUCCAUGCCGGCGCCUCCUCCGUCAUACCCGGCUAAGAUUAUGGCUGCUUUUAUAACAACCUGUCUGUACAACUUGCUGGACUUCCCCGCCGGCGUGGUACCUGUCACACGGGAGAACGAAGAGGAUCAGGUCAAGCUGCAACAUUAUCCUACCAAUGACCUGAUGUUCCAGUUGGUAAAAGAGGCCACUACUGGGGGAGUCGGUAUGCCCAUCGGCGUCCAAAUUGUGGGUCUCCCGUGGCAAGAGGAAAUGGUCUGUCGGGGCAUGAUGGAAGUUGAACGCGCCCUGAAGGAUGCCAAUGCUGAGAAGGAAGCGAAGUGAACGCGUCUGUGAUGACCUUGAAAAAAAACUAUAUCUAUCAGUGUCUUUACGUUCGUGUAGAUCAUUAUUUUGCUAAUUGCUCGUGUGCUCGCUAUUGCUUCUGGCCAGGCUAUAACGAGCGGAAUUACGCUGGCGAAGGAGAGACCUCUGAAACGAGCUGGAGCAUUCGGUGACACUAGAAGUGUUUUUGAUGUGCUUACUAUGAUGAGCUUCACUGUACUUGUCCAAUGUGAAUCCACAAGAAAAAAAAAUGAUAAUAAAGUCCUUUUGUGUUUUUAAAUGUCAUCUGCCUAUAGUUGAGGAACUCUUGACCUCAGAAUAGAUUCUUCGGGAACCCAUAUACUCGCAUUGUGGCUUUUUCGCUUUUCAAAUUGGUCGUUAUAUAUAUAUAUAUAUAUA